UACGCUUGUACGAAACCGGAAACCCACAAUCCCACUGUCCCGCGAUUCUCUCCCUCACGUCCCUAUAUUUCAGUUGCUUUUCGGAUUCUCUCGACAUUUUCGACGAGAAAACACCGCCCAAAUCCAUCCUCAUAGCCGCAAACAAUGGUUAAUACGGCUAAUAAUCCCACAAACACCUACCCAAAAGCUAGCGUUCCCUCUCCCCCUCCCCCUCCCUAUACUCUCUCUUUCAAACACACUGCCGAAACACACGCCUCCGCCGCCGGCGGAGGCGGCGGAGCGUGCGCGGUUUGCAAGCACCAGAGGAGGAAAUGUCCUCCAGAUUGUCCUCUUGCCCCUCAUUUCCCAGCUUAUAAGCAGCGAGACUUUCUGAACGUACACAAACUCUUCGGCGUGAGAAACUUGACCCGAGCUCUCGCCGCCAUCGAUAAACGGAAAUCGCACGAUUUCAUGGUGUCCGUGAUCUACGAAGCGAACGCCCGGGCGGCGGAUCCGGUCGGCGGCUGCUUAGGUUUGAUCCACAAUCUCAACCAGCAGUUGAAGUAUAGCACGGUGGAGUUGGAUAUCGUAAACCAACAACUCGCCUUCUACCGUUCCAGACAAAUGGCUGCGGCGGCCUUCGAUCCAUCGAGUCAACUCGGAUCCAGUAGCAAUACUCCAGAUUUCGUUAGAAAUGAUAAACAACACAUCACCGAUCAUCGAUUUCAUAGAUUUCCGGAGAAACAACAAUUUGAUAAUGGAGAAGUUUCAUUUGCAGGAUCAUCAGUAAAAUUGAGUGAUGGGAUUGGGUUGAUAGACAACUCAAUCAAGGCAAAGGAAGAGGGGGAGGAGGAUUUGAAGAAUGCAGCAUCCAAGUUUUCACUUAGAAAGUGAGAUAUAUUAUAUAUAUAAUCGUAUAAGACUGUAUUUUUUAUGUUAAUACACUUCACCCUACAUUUCACUCAAAGAUAUAGAGGUUCUAUGUGUGUCAUGUUUUUAGAGUAUGUACAACUACUAAUUUUAUA